AUGAGGAAAGUGAUGCCUGCGUUAAGGGAGAAGCAUGAUGAAUUUAUGUUGAGAGAACUUGUAAAGAGGUGGUCUAAUCACAAAGUCAUGGUCAGAUGGCUUUCGCGCUUCUUUCGCUAUCUUGGUCGUUUCUUCAUUGCACAGAGAUCACUUUUGGGUCUGAAUGAUGUUGGCCUCCAAUGCUUUCGUGAUUUGGUCUACAAGGAAAUGCGUGUUACAGUCAGAGAUGCUAUUGAUCAAGAACGUGAAGGAGAGCAGAUUGAUCGUGCUUUGUUAAAGAAUGUUCUGGAUAUCUUCGUGGAGAUUGGAAUGGGACAUAUGGAUUGCUACGUCGAUGACUUUGAGACUGAGAUGCUCGCUGACACUGCCUCAUACUAUUCGCGGAAGGCUACAUCCUGGAUUAUGGAGGAUUCCUGCCCCGAUUAUAUGCUAAAGAGUGUGCGAGGCCACCAUUCGGGCCUUGUCCUGUUUUGGCUGAGGAAUGUUGGAAACGAACAUUAUUUGCAUUCUAGUAGUGAGCAGAAGUUAUUGGAGGAAUGA